AUGGCAGAUGCCAUCACCGGCUUCGCCGCCCCGACGAGAAAAGGCAUGGACGCCAGAUUUGCGGUGUCGAAAUUCUUCGCGCAAUCCGUAGUUGGUCGACCACUGUGCGCAGGGUGUCUCGAACAAGGGUACGAAUGCCCAGGGCUAGGGAUAGCCAGUACAUACAUUUCAUAG